GUGGCUUUAAAACUAUCACAGCAAAUUCUUGUGAUUGUUCUAUCAUCUGUAUGCGCAUUUGCUAUUGAAACACCCGAGCCUUCGUCCCUGUUAAGACCACGAGAUAUAAACCCUCAUCCGUAUGAGAAUGCCUACGAUGGAGUCAGCAUUUUCGAUAAAAACGUUAUCAUUAAUGGCGAAAAAUUCAUGCAGAACUUUUUUGAGCAAGGUCCCAUACAGUUCCCACGACUGCUGAACAGGGCCACGAUGAAUGCUUUAUCUCAUCCAUACGAGAAAUUUGCGUUGAAAGAACGCCUGGCGAAAACAGAACGCUUUUCCGGAGCAGACAAUUUGAUCGUGAAACCUGCAUACAAGGCUCUAGCAAAGCACGCUGCUCGGGUUUUGAAUCGCCAGAUAGAGGAGACAUACGAGGACAACGAAAUUGAUAAUUAUAAUGAAGCAACAAACCAAAAAAAGCAUUAUGUGUUUUCCUACUCCGUGAAGGAUGCAGCUUCUGGAGAUGAUUUUUCUCACACACAGCAACAACAUGUGGACGGAGCAGUUAAAGGAAGCUACAAAGUUCAACUUCCCGAUGGUCGAAUGCAAAUUGUUAAAUACGUAGCUGAUAAUAAUGGCUACCGAGCGGAUGUAACUUAUGAAAAUGAACAUAGUCCCAAUACAAUCAAUCAUGUAACCGCGGCACCAACUGUUGUGCAGGUUCCAGUAACAGCAGUUCCAGUAGUAUCACCUCUAGAAUCAGCUCAACCUAUCUACAAUUAUUACAAAAAUCUUCACCGACAACGCCAACAUCAUGUCCAACAGCCUCAACGGAAUGUUUACUAUGCUCAAGCCACCCCAACUCAGAUCCCUGCACCGUACUAUCCGUCCCGGUUACGCGUGAACGACGUCAAAAUCCACAGUUACAACACGGCACCACACGCAAACUCGCUCAUCCAAUCAACCGUAGCCCCAUCAUCGGGAACGUACAUCAAUUAUCAACCGGCGACUAAUCUGGCGUACGUCUCGUCGACUUCUGAUCCUGGUCAAAUUCAAUCCAACACACUAGGUCGAGCUGGGUUAAUCCCAGUGGUCGUGACAACAGCGCGUCCGUCUCACGGAGCACCAGUAUAUCGGGAUAUCAAUAUAACGCCACUCAGCGUGCAUCCAACAGCACGAAGGACGUCAAUAUAUGCCCAAAAUCGAGUAGAACCAGUAGCAGCGCAACCAGUGUAUACUCAAGUUGCUCCUGUCCAGAAUAGUCAGUCAGGUUUGGACUACGAAUAUGUACAGAUUCCCAGCAGCAACCACGUUUAUAAACGUACUACGGAUAAAGAUGGACAUGUUAUGAGCGAUUUAACACAAUCUCCUAAAAAAUCGAGCUAA